UAAUUCAGAAAAAGAAUAGCAAUGACUCCUCUUUCUUCUUCUUCUUCUUCUUCCUCUCUUCCCUUUCCAAUUCCAAUUCACCCUCAUUCUUCUUCUUCUUCUUCUUCUUCUUCUUCUUCUUUCAUAUACUAUUUCCCUGUUUUCUCUAACGUCAGGACACAAAUCCAAUGCUCUGCUUCAACCACCGACGUCUGUACUCAAUCUCCAAAAAUCGACACCUCCCUACUCACCAUCGCCGAGUCCUUCUACGAGGAUGAGCUUUGGGCCGCCGCCUCCCUCCGCGUCCGUUCCUUCAACCGCUUCCACCCUGACACCUUUGGCCUCCAAGAUCACAGAAAGUACUUGGCUGAGCGCGAGUUCGAAGCACUUAAGGAGCGUGUUUCUGGGAAAAGACUCGGCUUUAGGAGAGUCUCUUGCAUCAAUGCUUCCCUUCCCAUGUCUCAUAUAUUGAGCCUCUCCCUCUCCGAUGAUUUUUGCUCUUCAUGUAAGUUUUCUGAUGGUGGAGAAGACCGGGUUGUGGUUGGCACUCUUGACCUUAAUCAGUGCUUGAGCCUUCCAGAUGAAAUUUCAGGGACAAAGCCAGAGUUAAAUGAACCAGAUAUCACAAGGGCAUACCUUAGCAAUGUAUGUGUUGCAGAAGAGUUGCACAGAAAUGGAUUGGGGUAUGCACUUCUUGAAAAAUCAAAGUUAGUUGCCUAUGAUUGGGGCAUAACAGAUUUGUACGUCCAUGUUGCUGUUGACAAUGAACCAGCAAAGAAACUGUAUACCAAGAGUGGUUUUGUCUAUGAAAGUGAUGAACCUGCAUGGCAGGCCAGGUUUCUAGACCGACCCCGGAGGCUGCUUCUAUGGAAAGGCCUGGCAAUCAGCUAGUUUGACAAUGUUUCCUGUAUAUUAUGUCUCUGUAAGAGAGCAUUCACUGUGUGUUUAUCCAACUUGUUCAGAAUAUGUACACCUUAGUUCAUAUUAUUUCUUUUUCUUUUCAUUAUGAACCUCAAAGUGUAAAGCAUUUUGCCAUUUGAUAUGGUUAGAAAUAUUUCAAGGAAAAUUUGUUGAUGAUGGAUA